AACCUCUCUCUUUAUUGCUUGCACCUAGCUACUUAUAUAGUAUAUAUAGCUGUAUCAAGUCCACCAUCAUGCAACUUAUUUCAUGUUUUAUUACCCAUCCUGCUUAUUAUUAUGUGUCCUUGUUUUCAAUGAUAAUAAUAAUAGGAGGAUUAUUCCUCCAAAUCCAAUGGAGGAAGCGGUUCAAAUAUAAUAAAGAGUGGUACUUGCCUCCCGGUUCUAUGGGCUGGCCCUUUCUUGGAGAAACUCUCAAACUUUACACUCAAAACCCAAAUUCCUUCUUCUCCAAGAGACAGAAAAAAUACGGGCAGAUAUUCAAGACGCACAUACUGGGCUGCCCGUGCGUGAUGAUAUCAAAUCCAGAUGCGGCAAGGGCGGUGCUGGUGAGUCACGCGCAUCUCUUCAAAGCAGGACAUCCACCCAGCAAAGAGAAGCUCAUAGGCCCCCAAGCUGUGUUCUUCCAACAAGGCGCCUAUCACUCCAUGCUCAAGAAACUCAUUCAAAACUCUUUCUUGCCCUCCAAAAUCAAGAACUCUGUCUCCGAGGUUGAGCAUAUUCUCCUCGAUUUGUUGCCUACUUGGACCAACAAAACCAUCAACACCUUGCAAGAGAUGAAAAAGUAUGCUUUCCAAGUGGCUGCAAUAUCGGCCUUUGGUACAACAAUGGAGGUAGAAAUAGAAGAAAUAUGCAAACUGUAUCGAUGCUUCGAGAAAGGCUACAACUCUUAUCCCUUACAUAUUCCUGGAACUUCCUAUUGGAAAGCAAUCAAGGCAAGGAAGCUUCUAGAUGAGAGUAUAGGGAGGUUAAUAAAAAGAAGAAAAGAAAGUGGAGAGCUUGGUGGAGGGAUAUUGGGAGAAUUGCUGGAAGCGAAAGCAAAAUACAAACUCUCUGAUUCUCAGGUUUCUGAUAAUCUCAUUGGUGUUAUCUUCGCUGCACAUGACACCACUGCAACUGCUCUUACUUGGCUUCUCAAAUACUUACACGACAAUCCCAUUCUCUUAGAAGCUGUCACAAAAGAACACGAAGGAAUCAAGAUCAAAACAGCUCAACAAAAUCGUGGACUUUCUUGGGAUGAUACCAGGCAGAUGCCACUCACUACUCGGGUAAUCCAAGAAACGUUGAGAAGUGCAAGCAUACUGUCAUUCACAUUCAGAGAAGCAGUGGAAGAUGUGGUGCUUCAAGGUUACUACAUUCCCAAAGGCUGGAAGGUCCUUCCACUCUUCCGAAGCAUUCACCAUUCUGCUGAUUUCUUCCCUCAACCACACAAAUUCGACCCCUCACGCUUCGAGGUGCCACCGAGACCAAACACAUACAUGCCAUUUGGAAAUGGAAUCCAUUCUUGUCCAGGGAAUGAGCUAGCCAAGCUUGAGCUUCUUGUCCUCCUUCAUCAUCUCACUAUUUCAUAUAGGUGGCAAGUUGUGGGAAAUAAUGGUGAUGGAAUACAGUAUGGUCCUUUUCCAGUGCCCAAACAUGGCUUACCAGUAAAGAUUACCCGCAGAAACAACAUCUUUACCUAAAUUUGCAACUUUCUUGCGUUUGUUAAGACUUCACAAAAUGUUAGCAAAGUGGGGCCAAAAUUCCUUGUCCCCUGUCUCACACUAGUCACUAAAUAAUAAUCACUUCUUUUUCUUUUGUUGUAGAAAUAUAUAGUAGGCCUUAUUGUAUGUUUCUUCAGAAAUGUAAUAUAAAUAACAUUCUAUGUAAAUUAAAAAAAAUAUGUUACUCUACAUUAA